GCAUCAGUCCAAUCCCAUCCCAAUCCAUCUCCCAUCUCUCUCUCUAUCUACCAAAACUCGUUCUCAUCUAACUUUCUCCAUAGUUGUCUAUCUUGACACAACUAGAAGACAGAGAAGAAGCUAUGCAGAUGGGGAGGGGAGUAGGAGCGGAGGUCCAUGGAAGGACUUGGAGCUCUGCCACCCCACCAAGUGAAGAGGACAUGGAUUUAAGAAGAGGGCCUUGGACCGUGGAGGAAGACCUCAUACUGAUGAAUUAUAUCGCCGCCCAUGGCGAGGGCCGAUGGAAUUCUCUCGCUCGUUGCGCAGGACUGAAAAGAACAGGCAAGAGCUGCCGGCUCCGAUGGCUCAACUAUCUCCGCCCGGAUGUCCGGCGCGGAAACAUCACCCCCGAGGAGCAGCUCCUAAUCCUCGAGCUCCACUCUCGAUGGGGAAACCGGUGGUCCAAGAUUGCGCAGCACUUGCCAGGGAGGACCGACAAUGAAAUAAAGAACUACUGGAGGACCAGGGUGCAAAAACAUGCAAAGCAGCUCCAAUGCGACGUUAACAGCAAGCAGUUCAAAGACGUCAUGCGAUACCUAUGGAUGCCUCGCCUCAUUGAAAGAAUCCGGGCAGCCUCCGGCAGCUCACCGGCAGCCAUCUACCAGAAUGGUAGCGUCCCGAUGGCCGGCGACCACCCGGCAGAGCCGGGCUUCGAGGCCGGGCAGGUGAAGCCAAGCCCAGAGACCUCCAGCGCCGCCGGGUCAUCGUCGGACUCGGCCGGUAUGCACUUCUCGUCACCUCCGAUCGCCGACUGCUUCGCCGAGUGCUACGGCGGCAUGCAGGGAGGUGAAAACAAGAACGGCGACGGGACUCAUGAUGUUCAGAUCGGUGGGUGGUGGCCGGAGUUGCUGCCCAGCCCGGGCGGUAACAGCAACCUCGGGUUACCGGACUUCGAGCAGGGCGCAUGGGGGGAGAAUCUGUGGAGCGUGGAGGAUAUUUGGUUUCAGCAGCAGUUCUAAAACUGAGGAAAAGAAGGGAAAAGCAUGGCUUGUAAGACUAGACGAAGAUAUAUACAAGCACAGAUUGGAGUUGUGGAAAAACAAAAAGGAGAAAGAAAAGAAGGAAGAGGAAAUUAGUGGGGAAUUUUUGAAGUCUUCCAAUCUCUUUUCUGAAGAAUAGUUGGAAUUUUUUAAGUCUUCCAAUAUCUCUCUUCUGCGUUUCUUCUAUUUUUUAAAGGAUAAUAGAUGAUCUGUAGUUCUAAUCUCAUUUUUUUUCAUCAAGAUGUCACUGUAAACUGUUGUUCCUAAUUUGUAAUAAAUCCGCUUGUGCAUUAAUUGUCACCACUCUCCAA